AACAACAUGGCAAUUGAUCCAAAUUUUAUUGAAGUAAAUGAAAUCACCGACUAUUGGACAUUUUUACGGAGUAUAGAUUGGAUGGAUCCAUGGCUAAUUGGUCUAAUAGUCUUGCAUAUAUUGACAACAACCACAACUCUACUGACUAGGAACAAUACAAAUUUCCAAAUAUUUUUAUUUUUAAUCUUGCUAUCUGCAGUUUAUUUUUCGGAAUCAAUUAAUGAAUAUGCAGCCAUGAAUUGGCAUUCAUUUUCAAAACAACAGUAUUUUGAUAGCAAUGGACUGUUUAUAUCUACAGUAUUCUCUAUACCAAUACUGUUAAAUUGUAUGCUAUUGAUUGGCGCCUGGCUAUACAAUUCAACACAAAUGAUGGCCAAAUUAAAGGUGGCCCAGCUAAAGGACAAGGCGCGCAAAGAACGUCUGCAACAGCAAACAUCACGUGAGGAAGAUCACUUAAAACAACAAUAA